GCAUCACUUUCUUCUGCCUCAAACAGCUGCUGAGAGACACGAUACAGAGGGGCUCUUCUGAAGGAUACACGAGCGGGACAAAAUGGGAGUGGAGAUCGAGACCAUAACCCCCGGCGAUGGAAGGACUUUUCCCAAAAAAGGACAGACAUGCGUGGUGCAUUAUGUUGGCUCUCUGACAGAUGGACGGAAGUUUGACUCUUCCCGUGACCGUGACAAGCCAUUUAAGUUCAAGAUCGGUAAACAGGAAGUGAUCCGUGGCUGGGAGGAAGGUAUUGUGCAAAUGAGUGUGGGCCAACGUGCAAAGCUGACCUGUUCACCUGACUAUGCCUAUGGUAAUAAAGGCCAUCCUGGGAUUAUUCCUCCAAAUGCAACCCUUAUCUUCGAUGUGGAGCUUCUCAGUUUGGAGUAAUUUAAUAUUCUUCACUGCCUUUUGUUAAUUUUUUUUAUUAUUUUUCAAUGUUUCAAGUGUCAAAAUGUUAAGUCCUAUAAUAAAGAACUGACCGCAGUAUAGAGACACUAGAACUAAAUCAGUUUUCUCUUUCUGUCAGGCCAUAUUUGCAGUCAUUCUUUUCAGAACUAGCCUUAUUCAGCAUUAGCAUCCAUACAGUUUUCCUCCUUUUUUAGACAUUUAAAGAGAAGCCAGAAAGAUCUGUACUUGAUUUGUAUAGGAGUCCUCCCAUAUCCUAUUUCUUAUUCUUGAGCCUCUUUUCAUUACAAUUUUGUACAUUUCUUUCGUCAAUGAUAAAAGAACACCAAAAACUUUGCAAUGUCCUAAAUCUUAAAGGAUUUCUGCAUGCCAAAAUGAUAAUUCUCUCAUUAUUUACUCACUCUCAAGUUGUCUUAAAGUCGUAUGACUUACUUUCUUCUGCAGAACAUGAACACAGAUAUUUUGAAGUAUGUAUGAGGUGUUUUUGUCCAUACAAUGUUUCAAGCAUAAAAGUAAUGCAAGUGAAUAAUCCAUACCUUCUGAAGCGAUAUGAUACCUUUGGGUGAAAAACAAAACAAAAAUUCAGUCCUUAUUCACCAAAACUCUUCAAUCUUCACUGCAGCCCAAAUCCUAAGUACAUUAGAAAACAAGUCAUAUGAGUUUGAUAUGGCAUGAGGAUGAGUAUAUUAUGAGAAUUUUCCUUUUUGGGUGAACUAUUCCUUCAAACCUGAACCUUUGAAUGAACCCUUAAUAUUUCUAUAAUUUUAGGGCUUAGCUAUUAUAGUUAUAAAUUACAACAUAAGUUACGACUCAGUAAUAGUAUUUUAUCACACUGUGACUUGUGGUGGCUUGAGACCAAGUACUAAUGUGACAGAAAUUAAUUUGACAGAAAUGAAUGUUAACACAUUUAUUUCAGAAUCCUAUUUUCUAAAAACAAACUAACAUGUAUUUAUUUUAAAGAUGUUAUGUUUGGGGAUAUACAAAUUACAAUAUUUGUUGCAUUUAAUAAAGCAGUAACAUUUGAAAUAUAUCAUACUAGAUUGGAAUAAGUAUGACAUUUUCACCCAUAUUUGAUUUGUUAGGUUUAAACAGAAAGACAAUGCUCACUGGUUUUGAUUAGUAUAAUGAAGCAAAACUUGUGCCUCCUUGUGUGUUUGACACCUGCCAGAGUACCACUGGUUUUGUACUUUUAAAAAGUGUACAUAUUAACUGAGAAAGUGCUGUCAAAUCAACUGAAAUUAUGAUAGUCCAGGCUCAUAUUAAGUGAUAACAUACUACAUAAAGUGAGAGUACCGAACAAUAAUUUGUGUUUUUAAUUUUAUUUUUGCUGUAUUUUAACUAAAAGUAUUUGGAAGUGUUUUUACACAUUUGACACAGCAGCAAUGCAUGCAUGGCAUUCUUAGUGCUUGUAAGGAUUUUGUGAUGCUUUCACCUGACAGACUGAAAGACAAAAAGGGGCUGUGGGAGGAUUCUUUGUAUAUUGUUGCCUACCCUUCCAUAUUUUCAAUACUCUAAUUGCCACUGUAGAACGUGCUGCCUAGAUAACUGAUGUGAUUGUAUUGGAUGCAGAGACAGAGACAGUGGCAGUGCUGUUUUUAUGGGUAUGAAAAUUAAGUUUUAAUUUAAAGGAAAUUCGCAGACAUAAAUACAUGAGUCUAUAAGGACUGUUUCUGUGAUCACAGGUUAUGUAUUUAAUCUAUGGCUUUAAUAUUUCUUUACUGCACUGUAUAUGUAUGUAUUGACAUGCAGAGGCAAAAUCAAUAAACAUACAAUUUGUUGUUACAAUAAAGUGCUUUUAACAUGC